AUGGAUAUUCACCGCUCUCGAUUCGUGGCGUACCCGUCAUCCGCCAUCAACGCGCUUUCAUUUUCUCGGUCAAGCGACAAGAAUUACACAGAUCCUAGACCUGCGCUGAAGCUCGCCCUCGGUCGCGCAAAUGGAGACAUAGAGAUCUGGAGCGCCGACAAAGGAGAUUGGGUUCAAGAGUCGGUCUUUCCCGGAGGUUCAAAGAGAAGCGUAGAUGCUUUGGCAUGGAUUCAAGAGCCGGACGACACAGACUAUGAGGGACACACAAUUCUUGGUCAACUGCGCCUGUUCAGUAUUGGCUCCACUGCAGCUGUGACGGAAUGGGACUUGACAACAGGAAAGGAGUUGCGCUCGUCGACGGGCAACUUCAGCGAGGUGUGGUGUUUUGCCGCUCAACCGCGAUGGCGCCCCAGCAAGGCAUCGCGUGAGGACGAGUUCCGUGGCCAAAACCUGGACAACGACCUGGUUUUCAAGCGAUUCUUGGCCCGUGGCGGCAACCGCAAGACACGAUGCAUGAGUGUCACAUGGAAGGACAGAGACACAGUCGUCGCUGGCUUCACCGACAGCACAAUCCGCAUCUACGACGCUCGCAACGCAGGUGUUCCAGGUGCUCCCCGUGACACUCUGGUCUGGAAGGUCAGAUGCUUGCCCAACGGCGACAUUGUGUCAGGCGACUCGAACGGUCAGCUCAAGUUCUGGGAUGGAAGAACCUACACCUUGUCGCAGAGUGUGCACGGUCACGAUUCGGACUGUCUGGAUCUCGUCAGCAGCACUGAUGGUACUACUGUUUUCUCAGGUGGCAUGGAUGGUCGCAUUGCUGUGUACAAGCUGGGCGGCAAAGAGGGUGAAAAGAGAAGGUGGGCGAAGACCAGCCACCGUCGCAUGCACGAGGGCGACAUCAAGGCAAUGGCCGUCUACGACUCUAAGCACAUGAGCGUUGUACUCUCAGGAGGUGCGUCGAAUCUUGAAUCUGCUCAUCUGUGUCCUGCUAACAUACUCCCCGGUCUACCUCAAACUCCCGUCCUCGCUUCUUGUCCGCAACAGCGUAUGCUUGUCAGCUGGGCUGAGAGCGAUAUCAGCAUUUGGCGCAUGUACAAGCAGAGCCCCGAGCGCAUCCCCGUACCCGAAGACACCAGAAAACUCCUCGCUCGCAUCCAAAUCGACUCGAAAGAAGCCAUCACAUCUGUGGCCAUCUCUCCCGAUGCUUCCCUCCUCGCCGUUUCUACCACCGAUUCUGUCAAAUUGUUCCACCUCUCCCACACCGAAGACGACCGCGAAGACCGUUUGCGUGUACGCAAGAUUGCCGCUCCUGAAGCUAUGGCUGAGAAUGGUGCCCGCUUGAUCACAUUCUCACCUGAUGGAAAAUGGUUGGCAGCAGUCUCACCGCAGAGCGAAGUCUGCUUGGCAAGAGUAGAGGAUGCUUCGGACAAGCCCACCUUCUUGGACGCGAACGUCGAACUGGAGCGUCAGACUCGUAAGGUCACAAUUCAGACAGGCCUCAAGAAGUACGAGCGCACCAUCAAUAGAAUUGCUUUCUCGCCCGAUAGCGCUGUUCUGGUUGCCAGUGAUCUUUCUGGAUACCUUGACAGCUGGGUGCUGGAGGGUCACUAUGACGCGACUGCUCCUGCUAUGGACACUGCCACAAAAUCCUCCUCUGGCUCAGACAAGGGUACUGAUUCUGAUGACGACAGCGACAGCGAUGACGAGGACGAAACCACAAUCUUCUAUGGCCAGCAUUGGACAGACAACCCGUCAGGCAAUUUGUUGCCCAAGCUGGACUCCGCACCCCUUGUUCUGUCUUUCCAACCACUCACACCCGCUCAACAAGAGGAACCUACCACCAAUGGCAACCCUGGUGUUCAUCCCACUCGCAACAACCCUCAUCCUCAAUCUCACGCUCUCCCAUCUACCAAGUCUCCUCUUUUCGUUGUCACAUCUCACCACCAAGUCUACACAUUCGAUGUCUUGAUCGGCCGUUUAACAGAGUGGUCGCGUAGGAACCCUACUAGUGUUUUGCCUGCCGAGUUCCAGACAAUCAAGGAUCGCGCUAUGGGUGUGGUGUGGGACGUCAACGAUGCUCGUGCUCGUGCUUGGCUGUACGGUGCAAACUGGGUAGGUAUGCUCGACUUGUCACAAAACUACGAACCUUCCAGUGUACUAGACGAAGCUCUGGAAGACGGCGAAGACGAUAUCUCUGCACAGCACACACCCAGCAAGAAGCGCAAGCGUCGCGAGAGCAACAAAUGGGGCAAGCUCGCCGAGCAGCGUAAGAAGGCAAAGGGUAUGGGCGGCGCUGGUGACAAGGCUGCCAGCGGGGAGACAAAGGGUGUUGUGGACGAGAUCCGCCGUAUCGAGGAUGGCAAAGCUAUCGAGCUCAACGGCACCUCCCACGAGCAAGACUUGGAUGACGAGGAGGCACUAGACGACGCGGUAGGUCCUCUGCGUCGCGGCAAUGACGAUGCAGAAGCAGACACAAAUGGAGGUGCCGAUGGUGCUUUGGCCGUCACCUCAACAGGCCGAAGAAAAUGGUGGUGCACAUACAGAUACAGACCUAUAUUGGGUAUGGUGGCCAUGGGCGAAAAGACAUCAGAUGCGGAAGAGGAACAACCUGAAGCUGUGUUGGUGGAGCGUCCGCUAUGGGACCUGCCACAGCUACAGGAGCUGGGCAAAUAA